AUGCCGUCAAGAUUCAACGUUCGACAAAAGGUCUUCAUUCUCAUUUUCAAGGCCCAGCACAAUGAACUUCAGCAGGUGUUGACCAUGACACAAGACUUCCUUGACGGUCGCCUGACUCAAGACGAACUUAGAGAAAAGUAUUAUGGCUCACGAAGGAAACCUCAGAAGCUGCCAACCCUCGCCGUCGGCGACCUUGAUACUAAGCAAGUCGAGGAGAUACUUCAUCUAAGAGCAACCCAAGAAGACGAUGAGCUUGCGCAUGUCCCUUCUAUUCCGACCCCGACCGAGCUUAAGAGGGUCUAA